UCCUGUGUUGACAUGUAGCUGGGUUAGCAUUAGCUUGUGCUGUGCGGUCAGAUGAACGAUAAUUAAAUCGAAUUCAACACAAGUUUACUGUGUGAACAGUAAGGGUCAGAGGUCAAAGGUGAGGCGGUGGGGUCAUGGUGAAGCAGCAGCGGAGGACAGACAGGUGUUUCCUUCCUGCAGCAGGAAACCGUGCGGCGCAGGUUCGAUUCCGUGCUGGUCCCACACCGAGGCGCCCGGCUGCUGGCGUGGAUCCACCUCACCCGUCUCUCUGUCCUCAGGGUUCAGGACGGCAGUGGGCGUGCUCAGGGACAGGAAGUGCUCACCGCACCACAGAAGAAGAGAGAGGAGCUCCACAGGGAGUCCUGGGACCUGAUGGAGGUUCAGGGGAGCCAAAGAGGGCCAGACUGGACGGGGUCGCAGAGUCGUCUCUGGUCCCUGCGUCAUGUGACCAAGCAGCCAAUGAGAGCAGCUCGACACCAGAUGGUGUUCCCCCUCUCGACCAGCUGGGGGCAGCAGAGCUUAGUGAGGACAGCAGAGCCGCUGAGCUGCAGAGUGUGGGGUCACUAAAGGUCACCAUCCAGCGGAGCAGCGAGAGCAGAGAGUUUGGACAGACAGACAGGACGGCAGAGACACAGACAGGUGGACUCCACUGUCACGUGUGUAACCUGACCUGUCGCUCUGCACAGGUGUUUCAUGAACACAUGUCAGGAGCAGAGCACAUGAAGAAACUUCAGGAGAUCACAAACUCCAUCGGCCUUCACACACACACAAAGCAGGACAGGGGGCCUCGCCCCCCCCCUCAGCGCUGGUGUGACUCCUGUCAGACUCACUUCAGUGGUGACGUCAUCGUCCAUCGACAGACAAAACACCACAAGAUGUGCAAGCAGCUGUGUCGUCCCUUCUGUCCCGUGUGUGAACGUCACUUCAGGACGCCGCGGAAGUUUGUGGAACACAUGAAGUCUCCAGAACACAAACAGAAGGUGCACCAGCAGGAGGCGCAGGAGGAGGAGCUGAUCACAGUGGACGCUGUUGGCUGCUUCGAGGGGGAGAAGGAGGAAGUAGAAGUAGAAGUAGUAGAAGAAGAAGAAGAAGAAGAAGAAGAAGAAGUAGAAGAAGUAGAAGAAGAAGAAGAGGAAGAGGGUGAUGCAAAAACUGAGGCAGCAGAUGAGAAAGUGUUGGAGGCAGCUGACACUGAAGACUACAACCCCCACACUACUUACGGAAGUAGUUUUGUCGUUCCUGUGUCUGGUUUCCUGUGUCGACUCUGCAACAAGUUUUUCCAAAGAGAGACGACGGCCCGACACACACACUGCAGGACACACACACACUACCUGAACCUGCAGAGGAGUCAGAAGAAGCCUGAGGACGAGGACACGCCUGCGGUGACCGGACCUGCUCACAACGUUUCCCAUCAUGCACCUGUUCUCUGACCACAAACAUCUGGAGUCGCUCUUUAAGAAGAACCUAGAUCAGCUGAUCGUGUUUAUGAACUAUUGAUCCAGAUGUGAGGAGAGAAUCUGACAUUAAUGUUAAUGAUAUGAAUUAAUUGACUUAUUCUACCUUUCAUAUCUGAACUGGUUGAACACAACAGAGACAUUUAUUAACGAAUACAGAGAGAUUCUCUCCAGGAAUCAACAAUACACACAUCAUGGAUAUUGGAAAACACACAGUACACAUAUAAAAACAAGGCUCAACAACACACACAUUUUACUUUAACAACUGACCCAGAUGUUGGUGAAGCACAGAAGACAUUAGAGGAUCAAACACAACUGGUUUAAAAUCAGUUUACUGGAUUUAAAACCAUUUAAAAACACUGAAGGUCCGAGAGUGUGAACGGUGUUAUAACACAACACUAGUGUUAUAACACAACACUAGUGUUAUAACACAACACGAGUGUGUGAGUGUGAGUCCAAAGUCCCGGAACAUCCAGAGUUUCACAUGUCAAGUCAGGAGCUCACAAAUGAUAACACACACUAAACUACAUUAAAUAAAGGAGAGUUAAUAGAGAUCAGAUUUAUUCAAGGUACAGAAACAAUAAUACUUCCGGCUCAAUAACCAGUGUUCAAUAAAUCUGAUUAUUCUUUUUUUAA